AUGAAAACAUAUGUUCAACACAUACACAUGUACAGAAAUGUCCGUAGCAGCAUUACUCGUAAUAGCCAAAAAUUAGAACAAACCCAGUGUACAUCAGCUGAUGAAUGGACUCACUGCCAUUUGCUCACUUGGGGGCUGACGGACCACGUUUAUUUGUUGCAGAUUGAGGAAGGAAGUAAAGCCGCGGCCGUCGAUAAGUUACUGGCCGGAGAUGAGAUCGUCGGCAUCAACGACGUGGGUCUCUCGGGGUUUAGACAGGAAGCGAUUUGCCUGGUGAAGGGUUCCCAUAAGACCCUGAAGCUGGUGGUGAAAAGGAGGAAUGAGCCGAGCUGGAGGCCUCACUCCUGGCAUGCCACCAAGUUCUCUGACAGUCACCCCGAGACGUCGACGUCUCAGUUCACCACCGGCGGCACUUGUCCUUCCUGGCACGCCCGACACCAUGCGAGCUCCUCCCAGGACCUGUCCAGCUCGUGGGAGCAGAGAAGCCUGUGGCACACUCUGGACCACGCUGGCUCCCUGGGCAGCGUCGACAGCCUGGACCCCCGCUGUCCGCCCUGCCCGUUGGGGCGACUCUUGGCCACCAGGUCCAACAGCAGCGUGGACCGCCUGGGCGGUGCGAGCCAGCGUGACUCGGCCUACAGCUCCUUCUCCACCAGCUCCAGCACGCCUGACCACACCCUACCCAGGGCCGACGCCAGCUGCUCGGACGGCACCCCCCAGCAGGCCUGCCUGUGGGAGGCCACCAGGCCGGGCAGCGGCGAGGAGGGCCGGGCUACUGGGGACCUGGAGCCUCACAGAAGCCCUGGGCAGGAGGACAACCCGGAGCCCAGGCCGCCUCCUCCCGGGAGGCCCAGCUUUGGGCCGGUCUGGUAUGUCCCUGAUAAGAGAAAAGCCCCUUCCUCCCCUCCGCUGCCUCCCCCACCUCUCCACAGCGACAGCUUCGGUGCCACCAGGGGCCAUGAGAAGACGCAGGGUCCUCUGUUCCCGGAGGCUGCCGCUGCACAGCACUGGACGGCCCUGGCCCAGGCUCAGGCGUGGGGCAACUGGAGGGCAGAGCCCCCGGAUGUGCAGCCAAGGCCGACGCUGAGCGACGAGAGGGGGCCUGGCAGCUCGAGCUGCAGCACAGACCCCCGCCGGCACUGUGCCUGGCUGCCCUCCGGUGAGGGGGUGGGCGGCUGGCUGCAGGCCUUGCGGUCCAGCUCGGAUGUGCACCUUGCGCCGACUUGCCCCAGGUACCUGCACCCCCACCAGUACAGUGACGAGGGGCCCUUCCUCCACGACGGUCUCUGGCUUGCCACGUCACCCUGGGACCAGCAGGAGCUUCCCGCCAACUGCCUCUGGGACGGCAGCCCCACCCAGGCCAGAUGGCUCCGCGCUGAUGCCCAGAGCGGGGACACCAGCGGACACAGCUGCUACUACUGCGUGACCACAAAGCAGCCGGGCCUGGGGGGCGGGCUGGCAGCUGACCUGAGUCCGGGGGCUCAGGAGUGUCUCCCCACGGCUCCGGUGGGCCAGAAACCCAGGUGUGGCUCCCUUCAGCCUGACGAGACCCUAGAUGCUGAGAGAGGAAGGGGCUGUCCACCGGAUAGAGGAGGAGAGGGCUGGCCCCCAGCCAUUGGAGAGCCUCAAAGAGCCUGCCACGUGGGCAAAGCCGGUCAGAGGACAGCUUCGGGUGACUUCAGGUGGGGUGACGGCGCUAGCAGCAAAAUCUCUGCUCAGAAGACACCCUUGCUGCACUGCCUGACUCAAGAGGGGGAGAGCCGGCCCACCCCCGGCCAGGAAGGCGGGGCAGAGACGCCGCUGCCCUUCGACACCCAGGUGGGCAAACCCAUGCGAAGAAGCAACCAAUUCGCUACCACACUGUGGAAUGAGAUCCAGCUGCGGCACGCCAAGCUGCAGAAGAGCAGGAGCUCCGCCAGCCUGGCCGGGGCCCCCGAGGCCAAGGAGGAGGCUAGCAGCUGCAGGCUGGAGGCAGGAGGGGCCCCGGGGGCCCCCCGAGGUGGGUCCUUCACCGGCACCUACAAAGACCACCUGAAAGAGGCUCAGGCCAGGGUGCUGAGGGCCACCUUGUUUAAGCGUCGCGACUUGGAGCCCAGCCUGGCUGACCGUUACGCAGGGUGCCCGGGACAGAGGCCUGGGGGGUCCAGCAGCCCGUCCUCGUUCACCUUGGACCCGGCUGUGGCCCCCCAAUUCUGGGAGGCCGGCCCAGCCAAGCUGCCCUCAUCUGCAGGCUGCGUGCCGCACGUUCCCCGCGUCGGAGGCCGGAGACGGUUCACCGUGGAGCAGAAAUUGAAGUCGUACUCAGAACCGGAGAAAAUAAACGAGGUGGGGCUCUCGGGGGGCUGUGGUCCUCACCAGCACCCCGAGACGUCUGAGGAUACAGUGGGGACUUUUGCCAAUCGGUGGAAGUUUUUUGAGGAGACCAGCAAACCCACUUGCCAGAGGCCCAGACAGAGACAGGCUCUCUGUGGGCUCCCCAAAGAGCGCCCCGAGAGUGCACGGACAGCCAGGCCUGGCAGCGAGGGCACCGAGCCUUGGUACCAGAAGGGGGCACGCAGGACCUCCUCUGGGGAGCAUCUGAGCAGCUGGGGAAAAGCGGAAAAGGUGGGGAAGUGCAAACCGCCCCAGAGACUGGGAACCUUUGCGGAGUAUCAGGCCUCUUGGCAGGAGCAGCAGAAACCUGUGGAAGCCAGGAGCUCCGGGAGGUAUCACUCAGCAGACGACAUCCUGGAUGUGGGUCUCGACCCGCACGAGAAACCGCAGUAUGUUCACGGGAGAUCCAGGUCAUCGCCGUCUGCAGAGCACUACGUGCAGGAAGCACCCAUUGAGCCACAGAGGCAAGCGGGACAGCCUGGUGAUCACAGAAGAGAAGUCUCCUCCACGCUCCGUCCGCAGGAGGGCUGUGCUGCUCCGAGACAAGCACGUGCACAGAGACAAGAAGACAGCCUGGGAGCAAGGCAGGAACCCACCGGUCGGAAUCCACGGAGCCAGUCCGAGUUCUGUGACCCCUCGCACAGCGGUGUCUCCCCGGAGCUGCUGCAGGAGGGCCAGGGCCGGGGGGCACCAGGCCCUCGCCAGUGUAGGGCCUUGGAGGAGAGCACACCAGCCGACCCACUCCGGCCGCCCGGCUCGGGGCCCCCAGGCCACCCCUCCGCGCAGCCCCCGCCCGGGGGCACGGACGCUGCCCGGCUGCUGAGCGCGGCCCGGGUCGCCAGGAGGCCCACCCCGCAGUGGCCGCCGCCGCCCAGGCGCGAGCCCAGGAGGUGCCCGGGCGCCGACAGCGCCGACAGCACCGCUGCGGCCGAGGGCGCUGCCGUCGGCUCCCAGCCGCCCAUCCCCGGCAGACCCUGCCCGCCGCGCUCCACUGCUUCCCUGGACGCGAGCUUGGCCCGCCUGUCCCUCGCCCAAAGCCCCUGUGCCUUAGCGGAGAGGCAGGGUGGGGCCCAGCCCCCGGGCGCCCCGAAGGCCGCCUGCGGGGAGCAUGAGGGUGAGCCUGUAGAUGAGCAGCCGCCCGCGCACCAGCGCCUCCAGCCGGCCGCCAUGGAGACCUCCCGCUCCCCUUCUCCCCAGUUCGCACCCCAGAAGCUGACAGACAAGCCGCCCCUGCUCAUCCAGGACGAGAGUUCCACCAGGUACUGUGCCCUGGCGGCGGGGGCGCCUGUUCUUUCUGCUUUAUGGGCUUCCUGCCGCAGAAAGCAGCCUCCUCACGGGCGGAGGUUUCUAGCGGCUCCUUCCUGGGCUGUUUGCAAACAGUGCCCGGCUCCCCCAAGAGGCAUUUGGACCCCAUGCAGGAGAGGCCGCGGCUCUAAGGAGCAGUUGAAGUUUUCACUCACUGUGGGGCUGCCCCUUCCCACGAGGGAUGAGGGGGACGUGAAAUAGGUGGCUCUUCCUCUCCCUCCUCCCCCACCUCACCAUCCCUUUUAUACCUGUCACACAGGGCACCUGCAGAGAGGAUUGUUUUAUCAGCACUUGCCGUAUUUGCAGUCACAAUCAGUCCCACCUAAGCUCUAGAUGUACGAGUGAAUAUGGUUUUUCCAUGACAUCCAGUGUUCUGGUUUGCUAAAGCCGGCAGGAUGCAAAAUGCCACGCAUGGAUUGGCUUUUACAAUGAGGUUUUUUAGUUCGCAACUUUAUAGUUCUAAGGCCAUGAAAAUG